AGGCCCAGCUCUCAACCUCAUGCCUGCCACAAUGUUGCUGCUCAGUCUGACCCUUAGCCUGGUCCUCGGCUCCUCCUGGGGCUGCGGAGUUCCUGCUAUCAAGCCAGUACUGAGCUCCAGCCAGAGGAUUGUCAACGGGGAGAACGCAGUGCCAGGCUCCUGGCCCUGGCAGGUGUCCCUGCAGGACAGAAGUGGCUUCCACUUCUGCGGAGGUUCCCUCAUCAGCCAGUCCUGGGUGGUCACUGCUGCCCACUGCAAUGUCAGCCCUGGCCGCCACGUUGUUGUCCUGGGUGAGUACGACCGAUCAUCCGGUGCGGAGCCUUUGCAGGUUCUGUCCAUCUCAAAGGCCAUCACACACCCUUCCUGGAACCCCAACACCCUCAACAAUGACCUGACUCUACUGAAGCUCGCCGCCCCAGCCCAGUACACAAAACGCAUCUCACCAGUCUGCGUGGCCUCCUCCAAUGAGGCACUGCCUGCAGGCCUCAAGUGUGCCACCACUGGCUGGGGACGUCUCAGCGGCGUGGGCAAUACAACUCCAGCACGCCUGCAGCAGGUGGCCCUGCCCCUGGUCACCGUGAAUCAAUGCCGGCAGUACUGGGGCUCACGCAUCACUGACUCCAUGAUCUGUGCGGGCGGCGCAGGGGCCUCCUCGUGCCAGGUGAGCAUCAGCACCCUCUGCACUGCCCUGGGGCACCCCCUGACCCCCAUGCUGACUGCUUUCCUCUCCCUCCUCAGGGAGACUCCGGAGGCCCUCUGGUCUGCCAGAAGGGGAACACAUGGGUGCUUAUUGGCGUCGUCUCCUGGGGCACCAGCAACUGCAAUGUGCGCCAGCCUGCCAUAUACACUCGGGUUAGUAAGUUCAGCAACUGGAUCAACCAGGUCGUAGCCUCCAACUGAGCCGGCCACAGGUCCUCUCCCCAUCUCAAUCCAAUAAAGACCCCGUGCUCUGUC